UGCUCCGUAGCAUCUAGUCGCUUUCCAUGUGAGGAGUCUGAUGCAAGAAAUGGUCAUGAAUUAGCAGUAAAUUGGCGAUUAGUAGUACGUAUUCCCUGUAAACGAGAGUAGGAAACGAAGAAGUGUCCGUUCUGGUGUGUUCUGACGCAAUUUUAGCCCAAAAUGGCCGAAGACGAAGCGAUAUUUGACCCUUCUCUGAAGAAGAAGAAGAAAAAGAAGAAGACUCCGUUUGAUAUGGAGGCUGCCAUGAGUGGGGAGACGGCAGAACCUGCACCAGAAGAAGAAACCAAAGAGGAGGAAGAAACGGAGGAAAAGGAGGCUGUAGAUGAUGAAGAUCUGAAUUUGGACGACUUCACAAAUAUGAAAAAGAAGAAGAAAAAGAAGAAGAAACCUUUAGAUAUGGAUGAGUUGAGCGAGGCUCUACCAGAAAAUGAAGACAAAGACGAAGAUGGCAGUAAACAGGAAAGUUCAAACCUGGCAGACAAUGAUGACUUUGGGGAUGACUUUGACCUUCUUAGCACAAAGAAGAAGAAAAAGAAGAAGGUGAAGAUCAACAUGGAUGACCUUGGUUCAGAGGACACAGUGGACGCUGGAGAAGACAGUGCUAAGACAGUGUCCAGUUCCAGCUCACAGACUUGGUUGGAUUCAGAAAGAGAUUACACAUAUGAUGAGCUUCUCACACGAGUGUUUGACAUCAUGAGAGAGAAGAACCCUGACAUGGUGGCCGGAGAAAAAAAGAAAAUUGUGAUGAAGCCCCCACAGGUCAUGAGGGUUGGCACCAAGAAAAGCUCUUUUUCCAAUUUUGCAGAUAUUUGUAAAAUGUUACACAGACAGCCCAAACAUUUACUUGCCUUUCUCCUGGCAGAGUUGGGAACGAGUGGCUCCUUAGAUGGUACAAACCAACUGAUUAUCAAAGGAAGAUUUCAACAGAAACAGAUAGAAAACGUACUCAGGAGAUACAUAAAGGAAUAUGUGACCUGUCACACGUGUAGAUCUCCAGAUACGCUGUUACAGAAAGAAGAGCGUCUGUUUUUCCUCCAGUGUGAGACCUGCGGAUCCAGGUGUUCUGUCGCCAGCAUUAAGUCUGGUUUCCAGGCCGUCACAGGAAAACGUGCCGCCAUCAGAGCCAAGACUGCCUAGAGAGCAGCUCCGGACUUUCUUCUUACAAUAUAUUACCAUUAUUAUCCAAAACAUUUCUGACUGCUCAUUUUGUACAGUGUCAUGAAGUGUGCAUGAUGCUGUGGUGGAUAUUUAAUAUGUUCUGGUCUGGGAUGUGAAUACUUCUUAAAUUAUGGGAUAUAUGGAGGUCACCAUAGUAUUAUGGGAUGUGAUCAUCCAUGACUGCUGUAGAACAUAAGCUGACUCUAUGAAAUAUAUGUAAUCUACAUUAUACUUUUUAUAAAAGCAUUGGGUGAAAACAGUUACUGUUAUGUAAUAUUACAAUAUAUAUCAUUAAUAUAUUUAAUGGCUUGUAAAAUGGGAAAUUUAUACUGAAAAACUUAUCAAGCAGAACUGAAUACCAUUUAUUAUGUUGCAAUCAUUUUGCUAUGUAAUUUGAAGAAUUUGAGACCCUAAAUAGAACUGGGUGUGAAAGAAAUAAAAAAAUAAAGAUA